GGAGGGCCCCUCUGGCCCCGCCCCAGAACGUGACGCUGCUCUCCCGGAACUUCGGUGUGUACCUCACUUGGCUCCCAGGGCCCGGCAACCCCCAGAACGUGACCUAUCGUGUGGCCUAUCAGAGAGCCUCCUCGCCAGCGUCCUUCCCAGCCUGGCAGGCCAGGCAGCCACUACCCACCCAGAGGUACCUGAAAAUGCCAACGGCUUCACCAUCGCUGCACACAGACGGGAAUCAUGGCAGGGUCUCUAGUGGGAGAGUAAGCUGAUAAAAGCACACGCUCAGGAGGAUGGAUCUAGAAUCGUAUCACCAGGCAGGCGCUGGGCUUCCCCAUUGUAGAGAUGAAGAAACAGCUCGGAGAGCUGCCGUGAUUUGCCAGAGGAAGCUGGUGAUGGAGCCAGAAGAAAAUCCCAAUCCUGUCUGACCCCAGACUUUCUAGCAGCCCCUGAACGGUGGCGAAAAGUGGGAAAGUGCACAAGAACCAAGGAGCUGAUGUGUUCUCUGAUGUGCCUGGAGAAGCAGGACCUGUUCAACAAGUUCAAGGGCCGUGUGCGGGCGGUCUCUCCCAACGCCAAGUCCCCCUGGGUGGAGUCCAAGUACCUGGAGUACCUUUUUGAAGUGGAGCCAGCCCCACCUGUCCUGGCAGUCACUCAGACAGAGGAGGUCCUGAAGGUCAAUGCUACCUACCAGCUGCCCCCCUGCAUGCCUCUGUCAGAUCUGAAGUAUGAGGUGGAUUUCUGGAAGGAGGGGACUGGGAACAAGACCCGAUUUCCAGCCACUCCCCAUGGCCAGCCAGUCCAGAUCCCCCUCCAGGCGGAUGCCAGUGGAUACCACUGCCUCAGCGCCAGAACCAUCUACACCUGCGGGGACCCUAAAUACAGCGAGUUCUCCAAGCCCACCUGCUUCUCCCUGGGGACCCUCGGAGUCCACUGGGCAUUCCUGGUGCUACUACCACUUCUGCUGCCGCUGCUGUUGGUUAUUGCCACGGGCUGUGUGAUCUGGAGGAGCUUCAGAGGGAACCCCUGGUUUCAGCGGGCAAAGAUGCCACAGGCUCUGGACUUUUCUGGACACAGAUACCCCGUGGCAACCUUUCAGCCCAGUGGCCCAGAGUCCCUGGAGGACUUGACCCUCUGUCCCCAAAAGGAACUGACCAGAAGGGUCAGACUGACCCCUAGAGUCAGGGCCCCAGCCAGCAUUCAGGCCGGAUCAGAGGACGACGAUGAGGAGGACGACGACGCAGACAGUGUCACCGUCCAGCCCUACAUUGUGCCCCGUGGUUUCCUGGAGCAGGAGCACCAGACCCCAGGGCACUCGGAGGCGGGGGUCCAGGUCGAAGGCUGUCCUGCUUGCGAUUCUUCAGACGGAAGCUGGGCCAGCACUGGCGGCUCCUCCCUCCUGGAGGAGGCUGGGUCCUCUGGCUAUUUGGCCAAGAAGGGGCCGGGCCGAGGGCUGGGUAGGAGCAGGUGUCCGGAGCCUCUUCCAGGCCCCGAAUUCUCCAAGGACUUGGGUUCCCUGGAAGAGCUCCAGAGAAACAGCACCUCCUGGGCCAGCUGGGGCUCCCCCUCACCGAGGCCGGAUCUGGUCCCCGGGGAGCCUCCAGUUUCUCUUCGGACACUGACCGUCGCCUUGGACAGCAAUGCCGAGGAGGAGGAGGAGGAGGAGGAGGAGGAGGAAGAGGAUGGAGAGGAAUCAGAAAUUGAGGACAGUGGUGCUGGGAGCUGGGGGGCCGACAGCCUCCAGAGGACUGGAGCCAGGAGUAGGACGCUGGGGCAUUACAUGGCCAGGUGAGCUGUCCCCCAGCUUCCUGCCGAAUCCGGUGCUGCUGAGCUUCCCAGGGGCCCAAGACGCCACAGAGACUUGAGGCCUGGGAGCAUGGUCCUGGGGCAGCCAUUGUUCUUGCAGCGCUUCCAGAACCCCAGCUAGAGGCUGUCAGUCGGCCUGAGUAGUAAGAAGCCACCCCAUCCUGUGGCCCACCUGCCCUGGGCUGAGCCACAAGAGGACUGGAGAAAAGGAUGGGCUCAGGUCAGGUCACCCCGCUGUCCCUGGACAACACGAAACAGGUGAGACCAGGUCAGGGGGCAUCAAGGGCUGACACCACCAGGGCCAUCUGGGCUCGGGAGAGGACAUUCGGAGGCUCAGCUGUGUCAGAGCCUCCUGCCUUCCUCUGGCGCCUUCCUCCCCGAGGCUUGGCCUCCUGACUAAUGAGUCCCCCCUGGGGCGGGCCCCCAAGAGGAAAAGUCCAGUUGGCAGAGGGUGUUGGAGGGGAAGGGAAAGGGUGGCCGUCAUUCACAUCCCAGGCUCCAGCCGUGGAGAAUGCUCUAGGCUUACCGUCAGGCAGACCAGGGUCCAAAUCCCGGUUCUGCCACUUCCUGGUUGUGUGACCUUGAGUAAGCCACUCUCCUUCUCCUGGAUUCCUCAUCGACGACUCCCACCUGGGGUGAGAGCGAGGUGUGCAACACGGUGGCGCUCUCUCUUCUCGGUGGCUGGGGGACUCUCCAUCUGCCCAGGCUCUGAGACCUCUGGGCACCUCCCACCUGCGACCCUUGGACUCAGAGCACCUGGGAGUCUUCACCUCUUAGCUUGUCCAACCUCUCAUCUACCUCAUGUCUUCCACCUUCACUGUCUCUACCGCCAGGUCAGGGAAUGGAGUUCUCAGAAGCCAGAAGCCAGCCAAGGGGGACCUCCCUCUGCCCAGUAAAAAGCCAAGUGGCCCAUCUUCCAGGGGGUCUGAUUUGUUGGGGUGGGGCAGCAACCUGGCAGGGAGUUGGCCUCGUGGGCUGUGAUCCCUGUUGCGGACAGCACUUUGGUGACCAUUGUGGUUAUAACAAGUCCCAUUUUCCUUCUAGUUACGGAGAACCGUCUGGAAACAGGUUGUUACUGGGGGUAGUGAUGGGUGUUCACUUUGUUAACUGACACCCAGCAGUAUAUGGAUGAGCAUGGAUGAGUAUUCACCCAGAGAGAACAAGAUUUUGUUAGAAGAAGCUGAAAUGUUGACUUACUGUGUUUGUCCCCAGGGGUGAGAUCUUUGGUGUCUGGCCAGCUGGUCCAACCCCUGUUAUCUUGGCCAUGUCGGCAAAGUGCUGAGGUCACAGCCAGGAUUUCCAAGGGGCACGAAGCUGGCAGGAGGCCUUCGCUGCUGGGACUCGCCCACAUACACACACGCGUGUACACAUGUGUGCAUUUCUGUGGGGUGGAAGCUUGUCCACCAUGCUGAGCAUGGAGCGGGGAGAAUAAACUGAAGCCCUGUUGCUGGGUGAGGCUGGACUCAGGGCCAGUUCCCAGGCAAAUGCCCAGACUAAGGCUAACGUUCUUUCUGAUUCACUGAUCCGAUCCCCGGCUUCCCCUAAUCUGCUGUGUGUUCCUUUCAGCGUGUUCUAUAUUAGCGCUCUGUCAUUCUUUAUUUCUGACUGGUCUUUUUCCGUCGUUACCAUAUCUUUUCUCGUGCUGUUGAGCAUCUUUGCCAUCAUUAUUCUAAACUCUACAUCUGAUGUAUUUCCUAUCUCCGUUGCGUUUCGCUCUUCUGGAGAAUGCUCUUGUUCUUUCAUUUGGGGGUUGAUUUUUUGUCUCCCCAUUUUGGCUGCCUGUUUGGGUUUGCAUCUGUGUAUUAGGUGGAUCUGCUAUGACUCCCAAUGUCUAGUGCAGGACAACGUCAGACGCUGUUUGUGACUGGCCCUGAGUCCCGUUUGAAGCUAUCAGCAAUCCACAGCCUGUGGCUCCCUCUGCUGGGGCUGGGUGCCUUUGGAAAGGACCGAGAUGCGCACCAAGGUCUGCUUUUCCUAGCCCCUGGCCCAAAGAAGAUCAGGCAAAGACUCAAAGCCUCUGGACAUCCUCCUCUGUCUGCAGUCUGAUUUUUAUUCUCAGAGUCUUAAGAGGGUGCCUGCAUUUCCAGUCGCCUUUCACAGCCAGGUGUUAUAUGGGCACCUUUCUCAGUUCAGGUGCUCUGGGCUGGGGAGCCCAGCUUGGGGCUUAGACCCCAGCGCUCUCAGUGGGAGCCCCCCACAGGUGAGACAUCCCCCCGGAACUUCAGCUGCUGUCUGUGGGCGCCCGGCCAGCCCUCUCGCUUCUCCGCCCCUCCUGUCACUCUCUAUGCGGUCUCCACUUUCUGUCCUUGGUUUUUCUGUAGUUUACUUAUAUUUCCAGUUUGGCCCACUUACUCCGCCACCGUUUUUAAUCUCCGAUCAAUUCUGAUGUUCUUCCAACCCACUGGAGCCGCUUCAUGAAGGAAAACUUCAUGAAGUGUUUUGUGUGGUUUUUUUUUUAAAAAAAAAACUAAGAGCUAUGAUCACUCUGGUGUAGGAAUUACUUUAUCUCCAUUAUUAAAACUUGGUUUAUAAGCUUUUUUUUCCCUCAAAGUUUAAUUUCAGAGAUAAGUUGAGUUUUUUAGUAAUUCUAAAUGUCAGCUCCUUUUAGACAUUAAAUCAUUAAAAACUGUGGGAAACAUUAGGAAAGAGCAUGAUAAACAAUAUAGUAACCUGUCAGGUGUGCUCAGCACUUCACUGUUUGCAAAGCCCUUUCCCAUACACAGCCCAGGGCUCGCUCAAGGGCAGCAGGCAAAGAACCUGACGCCUCGGGUGAAAGCAGCAUGACCACCCUUCAGAGCACGGUUGACUUUUAAAAGUAUAUAUUGACCAUGUCAUUCAUUUUUUAAAAAAUAUAUUUUUAUUGAUUUCAGAGAGGAAGGAAGAGGCAGGGAGAGAAUAACAUCAAUGAUGAGAGAGAACCAUUGAUUGGCUGCCUCCUGCACGCCCCCUACUGGGAUCGAGCCCGCAACCUGGCAUGUGCCCUGACCAGGAAUCAACUGUGACCUCCUGGUUCAUGGGUUGACAUGCCAGCCUUGGCUCUUGAAGGAGUGAAUCCCCCCCCAAAACUUCAGUCAUACCUCAGAAUCCGUGGGGGAUUGGUUCCAGGACACCCCCUCCCCUCGCCCACACACACACACACACACACACACACACACGCACAUGGAUACCAAAAUCCACACAUGUUCUAACCCCUUAUAAUAUAACAGUGCAUAUAGUCGGCCCUCUGCAUCCAUGAAUUCCCAACCAUGGAUCAAAAAUAUUGUUUUCCGUCCACAUUUGGUUGAAUUUGUGGAUGCAAAACCCAGGGAUACGGAGGACCGAUUGUAUACAGGGGUGGGCAAAAGUAGGUUUACUGUGGCAAUGCAAUAAAUAAUAAUACAAGAACAAAUUCUGUGUUUUGCGGACUCAAAAUUGUAUUUACUGGAAAAAAAAAAAUCUGUGUAAAUGGACCUGUGCUGUUCAAACUUGUGUUGUUCAAGGGUCACCUGUACUGAGCUUAUAUAUUAUUCUUAGAUUUUUGUAUUUAUUUCUAAUUUUCUAUGUUUAUAUCAUAUUUAAAUAAGGUCUUAAUGCUUUUUAGUAUCCUGUUUUAAAUAAAGAGCUCUAUUUUUUGGAGAAAAAGGCA